UGCCCACUUGCUGAGGGCUUCGCCCCCCUUGGUCACAUGGUUAGUGCCCUGAAAAGCAUAGCAGAGUUCUGACAUUAGAGAGAGUGCAGCACAAGAGCUAAGCAUUACAAUGCCUUCCUCCUGGGUUCCUGCUGUCGGCCUCACGCUCCUGCCUCACGUGGGUGGUCUACUGGGCGGAUACGUUACACGGAGGGAAGUCAAAACGUGGUACACAACAUUGCAGAAGCCAUCUUGGCGCCCUCCCAACUGGGUGUUCGGGCCCGUGUGGACAACUCUGUAUACAUCCAUGGGGUACGGGUCAUACUUGGUGUAUAAAGAGCUGGGUGGAUUCAAUGAAGAUGCCGUAGUUCCCCUGGGGCUGUACGCUGGGCAGCUGGCACUCAACUGGUCCUGGACGCACAUCUUCUUUGGAGCGCAUAAAAUUGGUUGGGCGUUUGUUGAACUUAUGCUUGUCACCGGAACAGUGGUCCUGACCACUAUAUCCUGGUAUCCAAUCAGCAAGACGGCAGCCUACCUCAUGUUUCCUUACAUGGCCUGGCUGUCGCUGGCCUCCGCUGUAAACUAUGCCAUCUGGAGAGACAAUAAAGACAAAUCGGAGUGACGGAGAAACGCGUUUUAUACUUUUUUUUUUUUUUAUUAUAUAAAACCUUAAAUUUUGUGCAUUAAAUCAUGUGUCUUAUUUGCCGCAAGCCAGCAGAACACUAGUAAUGGGCUCUAACCCGAGCGAUGCUCGGACGCCGGAAUAAAUAUGGGGCCUUAAUCGUGCGUCCAGUCCUAAAUGACACAAUACAGACACUGGAUACAGCUUUCUAUAACUGCGUCUUGGAGAAAUUGUCUGAUCAGUAUAUAAAAGUAAAUAUUCAUUGUGUCGCCACUAGAAUAUUAUACAGUAUAUACUAUGUGGUGGGUGGUGUAGAGAGAUUAUAAUGACUGUUGGGUACAUUCACCGAAUAAACUACAGUACAGUCACUUUUGCUUA